CCCUCUCCAUCCAUCCCCUCCCCAUCCAUCCCCUCCCCAUCCAAAGCAAAAAGGUGCAACAAAAACCCAACAGCAGAGCCCCAAAACAGCCCCAUAUCGCGAAUCAUGUUGGCAGCACCAGAAGAGCUUGUUGGUGCAGGUGGAAAUGGGUGCACCAAGGCUCCUGAACCAGAGGGCGCAGAAUUGAUUGGGGAUCCGGAACCUGUUGUGGAAGAUAAAUCUGUACUGACACCGCUCGUCACAAAUGGCUGUGUCAAAGUGCCAGCUCCAGAGCGAGAGACCUGGACCAGGCAGAUGGACUUCAUCAUGUCCUGCGUGGGGUUUGCAGUGGGUCUGGGCAACGUAUGGCGAUUUCCUUACUUGUGUUACAAAAACGGAGGUGGGGCCUUCCUUAUUCCUUAUAUGCUGAUUGUCCUGGUGGGAGGAAUUCCAGUUUUUUUCUUAGAGAUCGCACUGGGGCAGUUCAUGAAGCAGGGUGGCAUUGGGGCCUGGAACAUCGCGCCGCUGUUCAAAGGUUUGGGUUUCGCUUCAAUGGUCAUUGUGUUUUUCUGUAACACGUACUACAUCAUGGUGCUUGCCUGGGGCCUGUACUAUCUCAUCCAUUCCUUCACCAACAACCUUCCUUGGGCGACCUGCGGACACUCGUGGAAUUCUCCCGAAUGCACCGAAGUCUUCCGGCACGAUCAGUGCCACAACGGAACAGUCAUUAACUCGCCGGGUUUCAACUUCAGCUGUGAUGAGUUGGCAGACAAACGCUCCCCCAUCAUUGAAUUCUGGGAGAAGAAAGUGCUUCGUAUCUCGGGAGGAAUAGAUCAACCUGGAACAAUCAACUGGCAGAUGUUGCUCUGUGUCCUGGCAACUUGGAUCAUAGUUUAUUUCUGCAUCUGGAAAGGGGUGAAGUCAACAGGAAAGGUUGUGUAUUUCACAGCAGUGUUCCCUUACAUUGUACUGAUCGUCCUACUGGCCCAUGGCGUAUCGCUUCCUGGUGCUCUGGAUGGCAUCAUUUACUAUCUGAAACCAGAUUGGUCCAAACUUGCCGAAGCUCAGGUUUGGAUUGAUGCAGGGACCCAGAUCUUUUUCUCAUAUGCGAUUGGAUUAGGAGCACUUACAGCACUAGGCAGCUACAAUCGGUUUCACAACAACUGCUACAGAGACGCCUACCUUUUAGCGCUGAUUAACACUACCACAAGCUUUUUCUCUGGAUUCGUCGUGUUUUCCGUGCUUGGUUUCAUGGCAUCCGAACAAGGAGUGGAUAUCUCGAAGGUGGCAGAAUCCGGGCCUGGUCUGGCAUUUAUUGCGUACCCUAAAGCGGUGACACUCAUGCCCAUCGCUCCACUCUGGGCAGCUUUGUUCUUCUUCAUGUUGUUAAUUCUCGGAUUGGACAGCCAGUUUGUGGGAGUUGAGGGGUUUAUCACCGGCAUCAUGGACCUGUUUCCCACCUCGUUUGCCGGGGGCAUGCGACGAGAGCUCGUGGUUGCCAUCUGCUGUUCGAUCUGCUUCAUCAUCGACCUCUCUAUGGUGACCGAAGGAGGAAUGUACAUCUUCCAGCUGUUUGACUACUACUCAGCCAGUGGCAUCACACUGCUGUGGCAGGCGUUCUGGGAGUGUGUGGUGGUCGCCUGGGUGUACGGUGCCGACCGCUUCACAGACGACAUUGCCCACAUGAUCGGGUACCGGCCACUCCCCUGGAUCAAGUGGUGUUGGUUGUUCAUAACUCCGUGCGUCUGUGUGGGAAUAUUUCUCUUUCAUAUUGUGAACUACAAGCCCCUGACUUACAACAAGACUUACGUGUACCCGUGGUGGGGAGAGGCCUUUGGCUGGAGCCUGGCUCUGGCCUCCAUGGUCUGCAUCCCAUUGACCGUGAUCAUCAAAAUGCUUCGCAGCAAAGGGACACUCCGAGAGCGUUGGCGACACCUCACCACUCCUAUCUGGGGCUCCCAUCACCUGCAGUACAUGACCUUGGAGGUGGAAAUAAAAAUUCCACCAUCAGAGGAGCUGAAGGAAAAAGAGACUAUAAUCUAGCAACCGGUCAAAAGGGGCCUGAUAUCUACCCUUGAAAUCCAAGCGCACUCUCUCAACGUAGGCCAGCUUCUCUCUGUGAUUGACAUUUGCCACUUGUUCCCCAUUUACCCUUUCGUGACAUUUUUUGAUGUGUUUUGUAGAGAGCGUGGAAAGUUGUGAAUCUCAGCCAUGUGCAUUUACAAUCCUGUCUAUCUUUUAGAAUAUACUCCGUGUUUUGUGACCACGUAGCGGUUAGAAAAACCCACAGCUGUGUGGCCUGUACUCCCAUCACAUACUCGACCUCCAGGAGUCAAAGCUUUCAAUGGUGCAAUCAGUUACAUGGGAUGUUGAUCCAGACUGUGUUUCUGGUAGGUUUGUGCUGGGCAGAAGGAUGAUCUCAGAGCUUAUAGAAGUACCAGCGUUGGCUCUAACAUGGCACUCGAACAAACCACUGGCAGGUUCAACUGCAAUGACUCUUCCCUGAUCUAACGCCCUGCACAGAUAGGAGGUGAAGUGGUUUAGAGGCCCCAUUUGGCUGUAUCAGUCACAAGCUUCCUUCAUGCUUGGUUGAUCUGCAGAGAUUGGCCAUAUGCAGAAGCUUUUUGUUCAAUCGUUAACAUUCAUCCAUCCAAAGCUCUGCAUUUUACCCUCAUGGGGGGGUGGCGGGGUGUGGGGUGAGGGUGAGGGUGGGGGGCAACUUGCCAGAUCUUUUUUCUUUCUGAACCUCAGUUUGCCGAAUUCUUGUUUUCUCUGCCUCGGUUUCCAACCUUGAUCAUGUGGACCAUGGUCACUUCCCUGAGUUUUCUCAAUCGGAUGUGGUCAGGUUUGCUUCAGACACUAGUGUAGACCUUAUUGUCAGGAACAUGACAGCAUUUCGUUAGGGCAUUUCCCUUACACUCUCCCCCCACCGCCCACCCUCACAAUCCUCUAUCAGCACUUCAUGCCGUCUAAAUAAAAGUAUUGGGCAUUUUUAGGGCUAUUAUGUUAUUUUUUUACAGCUAUCGCUGCAAUUCAAGCCACAUAGUCCCCGUUGCCACUGGGUGAGUCACUGAUCUUGAGAGAACGUCGUGGCUAUUCAAUGCAAGCUGCGCCCUUCGCAGUCCGUGACCCCCUAGAGUUAUUAUAACCUGUACUGUUAUGGCCUUGACUCACAGAGCUCAGGACCUCUCGUUAAUGAACCACCCAGGCUGGACAACCAACCAUCAAGCAAUGCCAUAGAUUACAGUUGACCUGCCUUUACUCAGGCAGGUUUCCUCAAAGCCAGUUCAACCCUAGUGUGCAGUCUGACUGUCUCCCUUCCCCACUUUUCCCAGUCCUCAGACUGUUUUUGUCUUGUGGGCCCUCAUGACCUCUGCAGUCGAACUGAGGAUACAACCUGAAUCCCGUGUCUGGAAUAAUGAGUCUAAAGUAUAGACCACAAGAUCGAAUAAUUUCCCCCUCUUUUCCCCUCUCACUUCCCCCCACCCCAAUCUCUCCACUCGUCCUCCUCUCUUUCCCCCUCCCCAAAUCCCCGCUCCCUCCAGCCUCAGGCAGAACUCUAGCCGAGGAUCCUACCAGAGAUAUUCUAAGUCCCCAUCAAGCAUUCAGGAGGUCAGCUGGGGGGUCCCAUCAUUCCUGCCCCACUCUGGCAGCAGGGCGUGGGGUGGGAGGCAGUGGGGGGGGGGGGGUCUAGCCUCCACUCAGCACUUCCGCAGAGAAGAGACACGUAAUUGAAGACGGUUCCUUGGUCAGUCCUGAGGUGGUCAAUUGCCUGAAGGAUUCAGAGCAACUCCGGGUGGAAGCACAAAAGGAUAUUAUAUUCAUCCUGAACCUUUGAACGCUUUGAUUCCUCAUUCCGUGCCAUAUUUUUAUCGAUUUCUUUUUUUUAAAAAAAUACCCACAAUCUUAACAUUACGAGAGAGAGAGAGAGAGAGAGAGAGAGAGAGAAACUUGGAUAACAGACCUCAGCCACAGCGAUGUGUCUAAGCACAUUCUCGUCCACUACAGCAAGUGAUUAGCACACGCUCACGCUCAGACAUGUCAGCCCUUACCUCUCCUCUUCGCUCAAAUGGAGGGAGGCGAGAGAGAACGAGCGAGAGAGAGAGAGAGAGAGAGCGCGAGCGAUAAGUUCAAUCCGUAUUUUUGUUUAUCU